AUGGCGCUUUGGGCAUCGUGUUAUCCGCUGAUUGCACUGGCGCUCGAUGAUGCCCCGCAUCUGACGUUUGCCGCCUUGCGCGCCCUGAUCGGCGGCGCGGCCCUGAUGCUGGUUGCGCUGGCCACCGGCGCGAGCUGGCCCAAACAGAGGAUCGAGUGGGGCUGGAUCGUGCUGGCGGGCGUCGGCAUGACAGGCAUCGGCUACUUCGGCAUAUUUCACGGAGCCGAGUUCGUUGCGCCGGGUCUGGCAACCGUUAUAUCCAACACUCAGCCCCUGAUUGCCGGACUGCUCGCCGCAGCCUUUCUGGCAGAGCGUGCCGGGCUGAUGGGCUGGACCGGACUGAUGAUCGGUUUUUCCGGAAUCGUCGUGAUCGCGACACCGAAUUUCAGCGCAGGAUCCUCAAGCACAAGUUCGGUCGGCUUUGGCUAUGUCUUGCUGGCCACAUUGGGCGUUGCCGCGGGCAACAUCGCCAUUCGACAGCUUGGUUUGCGCGUAGCGCCUGUCAUGGCGAUGGGAUUGCAGUUGAUCAUCGGAGCCAUGCUUCUGGCCAUUCUCGCAAUGGCGCUGGAAGAUCCGACACAGGUCAACUGGAGCGGCAGGUUCCUUGUUUCGCUUCUUGGCCUCGCUCUGCCCGGCACCGCACUUGCGUUCUGGAUGUGGCAGAUCACGCUGGCACACCUUUCGGUCUCGCAGGCAGUCUCGUUCAGCUUUGUGGUGCCGAUCAUCGGCCUGACCGUCGGCUGGGCGUAUUUUGGUGAGACGAUAACGCGAUCAACUGUCGUUGGUGCGAUCUUGUCGGUCGCCGGCGUCUAUUUUGCCUCGCGCGAUGGUCGGACAGGCAGGAGUCCUGGAUAG